AUGAUUAACGUAUUUGAUGAUUCAUCAUUAGAAAGGUUUGAUAUUCAACUAAAUGGUAUUGGCUCCAAAGAACUACACGGAGAAAUUUCAAAAAGGCUUAAUAUUGAAUAUCUAUCAGACUACCUUAAUACCAAAGAAUUGAAAGAAGUUAACGGAAUUAUAUUUGGUUAUAAUUUCGGAAUUUUUGUCUCUUUACCAGUCAAAAUCAAACAUCAAGUGAAGAAUGUACACUUCCUUAUCGAUACAGGAUCUCCAAGAACAUAUGUCUGCGAAGAAGUAUAUGAUUCAUUCAAGACUACGGUCAAUUCAACUGUUCCUAGAGUGUUAAUAAACAACAAACCUAUAUUUGCACACUUAUCACCUAAUGAUUCACACUUUACGGAUAUAAAUGUUCUCGGAGCAGAAUAUCUAAAACUUACUGGUGCAAGAUUAUUCGCAAAUUAUGAAGACGAAGAUAUUUCUGUACUCUUUGAAUCCUUUAAUGAAGAUAUUCAAAAUAACAAAAUUAAACCGAAUUUUCAAAUUCAAGAAAAUUUUCA